AUGUCGCUGUUGGGGACUUUGAACCCCAAUUUACCUGAGGCCGAGCAAUCGGUCUCAGUCGCGCGCGAGAUCCAUCACCAUGACCCUGCCGGUAGUGUCAGUACCGAAGAGACAAUGAUGGGUGAGGAGGAUAAGGUCGAGAUCGCCAAUGAGGAGCAAAUCGAGGAGGAAGUGACCCGUCUGGCCCAAAAAUUGACUCGCCAAUCAACUCGCUUCUCCGUCAUCGAGGGCGAGAACACCUUCCUCGAGACUCCAAAGGAAGACUCCACUCUCAAUCCCGCCAGCCCCAACUUCAGAGCCCGCAAUUGGAUGAAGAACUUACUCGCCAUUACUUCUCGCGACCCAGAACGCUACCCGCAACGCCAAGCAGGUGUAUCAUUCCGCAACCUUAGUGUGCACGGUUUCGGUAGCCCUACCGAUUACCAAAAGGAUGUCUUCAACUCUGUCUUGCAGGUUGGUGCCUUGUUCCGCCUGGCUACUGGUACUGGUAAGCAAAAGAUUCAGAUUCUACGUGAAUUUGACGGUCUUGUCAAGAGUGGCGAAAUGCUGGUCGUGCUAGGCCGCCCUGGUUCCGGUUGCUCUACUUUCCUGAAGACCUUGGCUGGAGAGAUGAACGGUAUUUACAAGGACAAGACAUCCGAGAUGAACUAUCAGGGUGUCUCCGACAAGCAAAUGAAGAAGCAGUUCCGUGGCGAGGCCAUCUAUACUGCCGAAACCGAUGUACACUUUCCCCAGCUCUCUGUGGGUGAUACCCUCAAAUUCGCUGCUUUGGCCCGUGCGCCUCGUAACCGUCUGCCUGAUGUCUCGCGGGAUCAGUAUGCUGAGCAUAUGCGUGACGUUGUCAUGGCCAUGCUGGGUCUUUCACACACUAUCAACACCAAGGUUGGUAACGAUUUCGUUCGUGGUGUCUCUGGUGGUGAGCGCAAGCGUGUCAGUAUUGCCGAGGCCACCUUGUGUGGUAGCCCGCUUCAAUGCUGGGAUAACAGUACCCGUGGUCUGGACAGUGCCAACGCCCUUGAGUUCUGUAAGACCUUGAACCUGAUGGCCAAGUACUCUGGAACCACCUGUGCCGUCGCCAUUUACCAGGCUUCCCAGAGCGCCUACGAUGUCUUCGACAAGGUUACAGUGUUGUACGAGGGUCGUCAGAUCUACUUCGGUCGCACUGGUGACGCCAAGCAAUUCUUUGUUAACAUGGGUUACGAAUGCCCCGAUCGUCAGACUGAUGCUGAUUUCUUGACAUCUCUUACCAGCGUCAAUGAGCGUAUUGUGCGCCCUGGCUUUGAGAAUGUGGUUCCUCGUACCCCCGAUGAGUUCGCCGCCGCGUGGAAGAACAGCAAGGAAUACCGCGAAUUGAUCAAGGAGAUUGAGGAAUACAACUCAAGCUUCCCUCUUGGUGGAGAGGCUCUGCAGAAGUUCAUUGAUGGUCGCAAGGCCAUGCAGGACAAGAACCAGCGCACCGGAUCUCCCUUCACCAUGUCUGUUAUGCAACAGGUUAACCUUUGCAUGAUUCGUGGCUUCCAACGUCUCAAGGGUGACGCCAGUUUGACUCUCUCCCAACUCAUUGGUAACUUCAUUAUGGCUUUGAUUAUUGGUUCCGUCUUCUUCAACUUGCAAGAUGUCACCUCAAGUUUCUAUUCUCGAGGUGCCCUUCUUUUCUUCGCUGUCCUGCUUAACGCUUUCUCCUCUGCCCUUGAAAUCUUGACUCUCUACGCGCAACGUCCUAUCGUCGAAAAGCAAGCUCGUUAUGCCAUGUAUCAUCCAUUCGCCGAGGCUAUCGCUUCAAUGCUUUGUGAUAUGCCAUACAAGCUUCUCAACGCCAUAACCUUCAACGUGACCCUUUACUUCAUGACGAACCUCCGCCGCACCCCUAGCGCUUUCUUCGUUUUUCUGCUCUUCUCUUUCGUCACCACCUUGACCAUGUCCAUGAUUUUCCGAACCAUUGCUGCCUCCUCUCGCACUCUUUCCCAGGCUCUGGUGCCCGCCGCCAUCCUGAUUCUGGGUCUGGUUAUCUACACUGGUUUCACAAUUCCCACCCAUAACAUGCUUGGUUGGUCUCGCUGGAUGAACUACCUCGACCCCAUUGCCUAUGGAUUCGAAUCCCUAAUGGUCAAUGAAUUCCACGGUCGGAGUUUCCUGUGCGAGGAAUCCUCCAUGAUUCCUUCCGGUACUGGUUACGAUUCUCUUGCGGAUGCCUUCAAGGUUUGCAGUGCUACCAGUUCUCAGGCUGGAUCUAAUUAUGUCUACGGUACCGAAUACCUGGCUCAAAGCUUCAACUACUAUGACAGCCACAAGUGGCGCAACCUGGGUAUCAUGAUUGCUUUCAUGGUUUUCUUCUGUGCUACCUACUUGACUGCCACCGAGUACAUUUCUGAGUCCAAGUCUAAGGGUGAGGUCUUGCUUUUCCGCCGUGGCCACGCUCCCAAGCACGAGUCCGGUGACCUGGAAAGCACUGAGGUUAUUGGUUCUGCCGAGAAGACCGAUGAGUCUGCCCAAGGAGCUAGCGCCGGUAUCCAGCGCCAGACUGCCAUUUUCCAAUGGCAGGAUGUUUGCUAUGAUAUCAAGAUCAAGAGUGAGGAGCGCCGCAUUCUGGAUCAUGUCGACGGUUGGGUCAAGCCUGGUACCUGCACUGCUUUGAUGGGUGUUUCUGGUGCUGGUAAGACUACUCUUUUGGAUGUCCUCGCUACUCGUGUCACUAUGGGUGUUGUCAGCGGUGAAAUGUUGGUCGACGGUCGCCAGCGUGACCAGUCUUUCCAGCGAAAGACUGGCUACGUGCAGCAGCAAGACUUGCAUCUGUACACUACUACUGUCCGUGAGGCUCUUCGAUUCAGUGCUAUCCUUCGUCAACCUGCCGAUGUCUCCCGACAGGAGAAGUUGGACUACGUUGAGGAGGUUAUCAAGCUUCUUGGUAUGGAGACCUACGCCGAUGCCAUUGUCGGUGUCCCCGGUGAAGGUCUCAACGUCGAACAGCGUAAGCGUCUUACCAUCGGUGUCGAGCUCGCUGCUAAGCCUCAAUUGCUUCUCUUCCUGGAUGAACCUACCUCUGGUCUGGACAGUCAAACCUCUUGGUCUAUUCUCGAUCUCAUCGACACUCUGACUAAGCACGGCCAGGCUAUUCUCUGCACUAUCCACCAGCCCUCUGCCAUGUUGUUCCAGCGUUUCGACCGUUUGCUGUUCCUUGCCCGAGGUGGUAGAACCGUCUACUUUGGCGAGAUUGGUGAACAAUCCUCCACACUUGCUAGCUACUUCGAGAGAAAUGGUGCUGCCCCGCUCCCUGCUGAGGCCAACCCUGCUGAGUGGAUGCUUGAGGUUAUUGGUGCUGCCCCUGGAUCCCACUCUGAUGUCGAUUGGCCUGCCGUCUGGAGAGAAAGUCCCGAACGCCAGGGUGUGAAAGACCAUCUGGCUGAGCUCAAGAACACACUCUCUCAGAAGCCUGCCGAUGAAUCCAGCAAUGAUCCUUCUAGCUUCAAUGAAUUCGCCGCUCCCUUCCACGUCCAGCUUUAUGAGUGUCUCGUGCGUGUUUUCAGUCAGUACUGGCGCACUCCGGUCUACAUCUACUCCAAGGCCGCUCUCUCGAUCUUCACUGCCCUCUACAUUGGUUUCUCCUUCUUCCAUGCCGAGAACAGUCUCCAGGGUCUCCAAAACCAGAUGUUCAGUAUUUUCAUGCUGAUGACUAUCUUCGGUAACUUGGUCCAACAGAUCAUGCCCCACUUCUGUACCCAGCGCUCUCUGUACGAGGUUCGCGAGCGUCCUUCCAAGGCCUACUCCUGGCAGGCAUUCAUGGCCUCCAACAUUCUCGUCGAACUCCCCUGGAACACCCUCGCCGCUGUCCUCAUCUUCGUCUGCUGGUACUACCCCAUCGGUCUGUACCGUAACGCUGAGCCUACCGAUGCUGUUCACGAGCGUGGUGCCCUGAUGUUCCUGCUUGUCUGGUCUUUCCUCCUUUUCACCUCGACCUUCGCCCACAUGAUCAUCGCUGGUAUCGAACUCGCCGAGACAGGUGGUAACCUUGCCAACUUGUUCUUCUCCCUUUGCCUGGUUUUCUGUGGUGUCCUCGCUACACCCUCUGAGAUGCCUGGUUUCUGGAUCUUCAUGUACCGCGUCUCCCCAUUCACGUACCUCGUCUCCGCUAUGUUGUCGACUGGUGUCUCGGGUACAGACGCUUACUGUGGCGCUGUUGAAUAUGUUUCACUCAACCCUCCUUCCAACCAGACUUGCUACCAGUACAUGGAGAAAUACAUCGUUGCCAACGGUGGAUACCUCCAAAACCCCAACGCUACUACCGACUGCUCUUUCUGCACCAUCGAUUCCACUGAUACCUUCCUCGCUGAUGUGGGUUCUUACUACUCUGAUGCUUGGCGCAACUUCGGUUUCAUGUGGAUUUACAUCAUCUUCAACAUCUUUGCUGCGGUGUUUAUCUACUGGAUUGCGCGUGUGCCUAAGGGCAGCCGUAACAAGAGCUCUUCUUAA